AUGAAGGAAUCGGCACUCAGCAUUUGGAUUGGCCAAUGGUCGGCGGUGCCCCCAGUGGAGACGACUGAUCUAUCUGGGAAAACAGUUCUCGUCGUCGGCGCCAAUGUAGGCAUUGGACUCGAGGCAUCCAAACACUUUGCCCGUAUGCAACCAGCGCGGUUGAUAAUUGCCUGUCGUAGCGAGGCCAAGGGAAAGGUCGCUUUGGCUGAAAUCAAACAGGAGACCGGAUACAAUGGAUGCGAGCUCUGGAUAAUCGACCUUGCUAAGUUUGCGUCAGUGACUGCAUUCGCUGACAAAUUUGAGAAGGAGGGCGGCGAUUUACAUAUCCUGGUAAUGAACGCAGGGAUCGCGCAGCCCGGUUACCAAUCUACCACUGAUGGGUGGGAAUCCAUCCUGCAAGUCAAUCAUAUCGCAACGUCACUGCUUUCGUUGCUCCUCAUUCCGCGACUAGUUUCUGCGGGGAGAAAGUCAUCAACACCUUCCCGGUUGGUAAUCGUAUCCAGCGGUGUCCACCAUUUGAUUAUACCCGCGAAAGAGAUCAUGACUUCUUCGAAACCACUUGAAAUUAUGAGCAGCCCAGAGUGGUGUACCGAGCACAUGCGAUCCCGGUACCUUGAGUCAAAGUUAUUGAAUAUCUUCUUCGUUCGUGCCUUGACAGACAGGUUGCAAUCCAUCACACCACUCAGCGCCGUAGCAGUGACCCCAGGAUUCUGCUAUUCACAACUACGUCGUUCCUGGUACGAGCAACCCACUUUUUCAUUUUCCAGAAUCGCACUUGCUAUCCAGGAACUUCUCCUGGCGUGGACGCCUGAACAAGGCAGCCGUCAACUUAUAUUUGGCGCAGUGGGUGGACGGGACAAUGAAGAGAAUAUGAAAGGCGGAUAUGUAAGCCAUGGUCGCCUGACAGAAGUCGCCGAUUUCGUGCUUAGCGACGAGGGUCGUACAAUGCAGGAUGCUGUUUGGAAUGAGACGAUAGACAUUCUGAGCCGUGUUUCUGACAAGAUUGCUCCGAUAGUCCAGGAUUAUCUGGUAGUACCUGACUCGUCCACAAAUUGA